AUGAAACUCCUGUCGAUUAUUUCCCUCGCCCUGGUGGCUUCGGUGGCCCUCAGUCAGCCAACGAGCCGCACCCUGCAGGAAGAUUUCGAUGACUUUCUCGCUCUGGUUCCGGUGGAUGACAUCGUCAACGUUGCCAUGCGGUACUUCCUGACCGACAAGGAAGUUCAGGCUGCGGUGAAGUACAUCACGGGACCGGAGUUUGCUGCCGUUUGGGAUCAGGUGUUCGCACUCAAGGAAGUCCGCGAUGUUCUGAACUACUUGGAAGCUGCCGGUGUCCACGUCUACGAUGCUUUGAAUGAGUUGGCCAAACUGAUUGGAGUGAAACCGGUUAAGCCUCUGCUCGCCGUUCAUCGCAUUGGAAGCACCCGUGGAUUGAACGAUUUGGUCCAGGAGGUUUUGGCUCUGUUGCCAAAGGACAAACUGAAGGCGUUGUUCGAUGAGAAAAUGGCCAACAGUGUUGAGUUCAAGGCGUUCUUCGAGAAGGUUCAGAGUACCGAAUUCCAGGGCUUGGUGGACUUUGCCAAUAACUCAACCGAGCUUCAGUCCCUGCUCGCAAAACUUCGUGAACAUGGCGUUGAUGUCGAUUACUUCUUUGAACUCAUCAAAGGAUUUUUCGGCUGGGGAUACUAA